AUAAGAAAGCUAAACCGGCGAUACCGUGUGGUCACUAAGCUCAAAGGCAGGCGGAAAACGGCAGCAGCGGCAACGCUUAAAGCUCCAGGCCACAUAUAGAGAGUGCGCUUUAUCCAAAAGCAAGCAAGAUGUCUUACAAGCCGCGCAAGAACCUGGGCUCCACGAAGACCGGCCAGUCACCCAGCAGCCCCUACGGCCAGCAACAACAGGGGUACGGUCAGCAGCAAUACGGCCAAGACCAGUACGGAAAGGGCGGUCAGCAACAACAGUACGGCCAAGACCAGUAUGGCCAGUAUGGGAAGGGUGGUCCUGACCAAUACGACCAGCAGAAACAGGGUGGUCAGUACGGGAAAGACCAGCAGUACGGUAUGGACAUGAAGAUCGGUCAGCAGGGGCAGUAUUACGGCCUGGGGCAGCAGUUCAUCGGGCCUUACGGACAAACCGUAGGCUACAAUUCCCCGCAGAGCCUGUACAGCGGAGGCAAGUUCGUCAUGUCGGGUUCCCUCACCACCGAUCCGGCCUGGAAAUCCCUGGAAAUCUACCACGCCGAGCAUGGCAACCGCCUCAACAUGCUGCGGAUGUUCCGGGAGGAUCCCAAUCGCUUCGACAAGUUCAGUAUAAAACAGCAGACCCAGGAUGGCGACUACCUGUUUGAUUACUCCAAGAACCUGCUCAACGAGGAGAUCUUCAGGAUGCUCAUGCAGCUGGCCCGUAACAGGGGAGUGGAGCAGUACCGGGACAGGAUGUUCUCUGGAGACAAGAUCAACUUCACGGAGGACCGGGCGGUUCUGCACGUGGCUCUGCGCAACAGGAGCAACAGGCCCAUGAUGGUCGACGGGGUCAACGUCAUGGAUGAUGUCAACAGGGUGCUGAAGCAAAUGAAGGACUUUACUGAGUCUGUUCGUAAUGGCCAGUGGAAGGGGUACACUGGAAAGACCAUCACUGACAUCGUAAACAUCGGCAUUGGUGGCUCUGACCUGGGGCCAAAGAUGGUGUGUGAGUCUCUGCGGCCGUACGCUAAGCCUGGCCUGAACGUCCACUUUGUGUCUAACAUCGACGGAACCCACAUCGCUGAGCGGGUCUUCAAGAACCUCAACCCUGAGACCACUCUCUUCAUGAUCGCAUCCAAGACGUUCACUACGCAGGAGACCCUGACCAACGCCAACUCUGCCAAGGCUUGGUUCCUGGAGAAGGCCAGGCAGCCUCAAGAAGUUGCCAAGCACUUCGUCGCCCUCUCCACCAAUGCUGAGAAGGUCAAGGCCUUCGGUAUCGACACCAAGAACAUGUUUGAGUUCUACGACUGGGUUGGCGGUCGCUACUCCCUGUGGUCUGCUAUUGGACUGUCUAUCGCCUGCUACAUUGGUUUUGACAACUUUGAACAACUUCUUCAGGGUGCUCACUACAUGGAUAACCACUUCCAGAAUACCCCCUUGGAGAAGAACAUCCCCGUCAUCAUGGCCAUGCUGGGCGUGUGGUACCAUAACUUCUACGGUGCAGAGACCCACGCCAUCCUGCCAUACGACCAGUACAUGAAGCGCUUCGCUGCCUACUUCCAGCAGGGAGACAUGGAGUCCAAUGGAAAGUAUAUCACGCGCCAUGGCCACCGUGUGAACUACACCACCGGACCCAUUGUGUGGGGAGAGCCCGGCACCAAUGGGCAGCACGCCUUCUACCAGCUCAUCCAUCAAGGAACCCGUAUGAUCCCAUGUGACUUCCUGAUGCCCAUGGACACACACAACCCCAUCCAGCAGGGCCAGCAUCAUGAGAUCCUGACGGCGAACUUCCUGGCUCAGACGGAGGCCCUGAUGCGGGGGAAGACCCGUGAGGAGGCACGGAGGGAGCUGGAGCAGAGCGGGUACAGCGGGGAGCAGCUCGAGAGGCUGCUGCCACACAAGGUGUUCGAGGGCAACCGCCCUACCAACAGCUUCCUGUUCCAGAAGCUCACACCUUUCUAUCUGGGAUAUCUUAUUGCCACAUACGAGCACAAGAUCCAUGUACAGGGUGUUAUCUGGGAUGUCAACUCCUAUGACCAGUGGGGUGUUGAGCUCGGUAAGCAGCUAGCCAAGGUGAUCCAGCCGGAGCUGAAGGGAAAGCAGCCUGUGAACACCCACGAUUCCUCCACCAAUGGCAUCAUGAACUUCCUCAAGCAACACAAGAAGCAGUAAGAACAAGAACCCAAGCUCUGCAUCC